AUGAACAGCUUCUUGUCUUUUUUGCUGCUGGGCCUCGUCAGUCUGGUCCAGGCACUGAGUUCUACAGGCAACCGUCUCCUGGUAGUCCUCGAGGAAGCCUCGGACAAGUCCAAGUACUCGUCCUUCUUUGGCGAUCUUGAGUCCCGUGGAUACACCGUCACAUACGAGUCACCAAAGUCCAAGAGCCUCUCGCUGUUCAAGCACGGCAACCUCGCAUACGACCAUCUUGUCCUCCUGCCUCCCAAGUCCAAGGGCUUCGGUCCCCAAUUGACCCCCAACGCCCUCGUCGACUACGUCAACAACAACGGCAAUGUUCUGCUCGCCCUCACCGCCGACCAGCCCAUCCCUGCCGCCGUUGCUUCUCUCCUUCUCGAAUUCGAUGUCACUCUCCCUCCGGAGCGUAGCGCUCUCGUCGUCGACCACAUCAACUACGACUCCAACUCAGCUGCCGACAAGCACGAUGUUUUGCUUAUCCCCGCUCCCAAGACCUUGAAGACCGGUGUCAAGAACUACUUCGAUGUAGAUGGAACUCUUGCCGUCCCUCGUGCUGUUGGUCAGCUUCUGGGCAACGCCAGCCCCCUGCUUUCGCCCGUCCUGCGCGCCCCCGAGACGGCAUACUCGUACAACCCCAAGGAGGAAGAAUCUCUCGAGGAUGUCUUUGCUUCUGGCUCUCAGUUGUCGCUCGUCUCCACCUUCCAGGCCAGAAACUCGGCCCGUUUCACUGUCCUUGGUUCUGCUGAGAUGCUGCAGGAUGCCUGGUUCAAUGCUCAGGUCAAGGCCCCUCGUGAUUCCGAGGCCACUGCUACUGCCAACAAAGCCUUUGCCGAAAGACUGUCUGCCUGGACUUUCCAGGAGAUUGGUGUGCUCAAGGUCGGCAAGGUUCAGCACUACCUCAAUGAGGGCAAGGUCAAGGAAUCCACCAACCUGAGCGUCUCUGAAUUCCCCGAGAUCAACCCUAUCAUGUACAGGAUCAAGAACGAUGUCCACUUCUCGAUCGAACUGUCCGAGUACAAUGGUGACCGCUGGAUUCCCUUCCUCCCUGCUUCCGGAGACUCUCUUCAGCUCGAGUUCAGCAUGCUGUCUCCCUUCCAUCGUGUGACUUUGGACCCAGUCAAGCCGACUACCAACAGCACCAUCUUCGAAGCCAGCUUUACCGUGCCCGAUCAGCAUGGCAUCUUCAACUUCAUCGUCAACUACAAGCGUCCUUUCCUCAGCAACAUCUACGAGAAGCGCACCGUCACUGUCCGCCACUUUGCUCACGAUGAGUGGCCACGCAGUUUCGUCAUCAGCGGUGCCUACCCCUGGAUUGCUGGCAUCGGUGUCACGGCCACUGGCUGGCUGAUCUUCGUCGCUGUCUGGCUCUACAGCAAGCCUGAUGAGUCCAAGGCCAAGAAGACGCAAUAG